AUGUUGGCGAUGGGGCAGUGGUCAUCUGCCAGAGAAUCUGUCAAGGCAUUUAAGAAGUUAAACGAGAAGAGAAGGAAGGGAGAGAGCGAUUGGACAAUGACACACGCAUUCUAUGCGGAUAUGGGAGGAUUUCUCCUCAAUGGUCCUGGGAUUGAUGUGCCGUUUCCCAUUGAUGCGAAGCAGUUGCUUUUUCUUGUUGAGCAGGGGUAUUUGGAGUGUCCACAGAUCGGUCGAAAGGACAUUGGGGAUAGGAAUAAAUCGGACGGAGUUGCGAGGUGUUUUGCCGUCUGUCAGGGCGUUUGGCUGCUACUCAACUGUAUCCUGCGAGCAGCUCAGAGCCUUGCUGUGACAACGCUCGAGCUUACCACGGUAUCAUUUGUCAUUGUCUUCUUCGCAACCUCUUUCUGCUGGUACCACAAACCAUUGGAUAUAGGAACCACGAUCACCCUCACUCUCACAACUGACAUAAGCGCUAUCCGAGAAAAGCACUGUCCUCCAGAUCUUACAGAGUGGUACACCAACCCUCUUGAAUUCCUCUACCCCAGUAUCUACAUUCUGCAGAUGUUCUGGGUCUACUAUAACCGAAUACUACACCGAAUCCACUGCCCCAUCUUCUCUCGUCUUGUCACCACCAGACCAUAUAAUCGUAUCCCGAGCGAUGAAUUCCGCCAAGUGGACUUUCUAGCUGAGGCCCUUGCCGUCCCAGUCAUUAUCAUAUUCGGCUGCAUGUUCAUGUUAGCAUGGCGCUUCCACUUCCCAUCUUCCACCGAGCGGGUCCUCUGGCAUAUCGCGUCAUGCUAUACUUUGGUUUAUUCCGUAAUUGGCUCCGGAAGCAUAAAAUUCUGCUCCGAGGUUAUACUUCCGCGAUAUGCUAAGAAAAGGAGGGGGGUUAGAGACGCAGAAGCUCAAGCACCGCCUCCACGCUCGCGGCAGACGCAACAGAACAGUCUGGUCUCGAGAAUCGUGAACAUUGAUCCUUCGAAGGAUCCCAGACUGGACAUUCCAUUGGAAGCACUUCUUCUUAUCUCGUCCCUUUGCGCUGCGUACUGUCUUUGUAGAGCUUAUAUACUUGUUGAGGACUUUAUUGGACUAAGGGACUUGCCCGACUCCGCAUUUCAAACGGUGGAGUGGUCUGUUUACUUUCCUCAUUGGUAA